CAUUAGUAAUCAAUUUAUCUUAUCUAGCGUUGAUAAGAGCACCACGCAAAAGAACACACCUAUGGCUGCGUUAGUGUGUCACCUACCGCUUUGCGCUCUUCGGUGUUAUUGUUCAAUUAUUUUUGUUUAGUGUGCAAAACGUAAUAAGAUGGCGCUGAAAAAGCCACUUUUGUACUACUUCGCAAUUAUUUUAGUCGUCUUGAGCAUGCUUACACAUGAAGCCGAAGCCAGGCGAAGAAUUCUAAGAGGGAGACGGGUUAUGACGCGCACGUACUACCAGGGUAAUGCUGUGCCUGCUUGGGCUAUCAGUUUAAUGGCUGGUAUUGGGAUGUUAAUAAUUGGCGGAAUAUUAUACGUAGUGAUGAGAAAGAUUGUACUCUCCUCAGAAACUGGUUCCCUCAACACUUACCAGCCCGCAAUGCAACGAGAAGUUUAGAAAUAAUCUAUUUUAUGUUAGUUCUGGAAUGCACGUAAUACUAAAAGCAAGCUUUAUCACAAUAAUUAUAUUAUACACGCCGUCUUACUCAUAAAAGUUGAUAUAAGUCUGUAGUGUUUUGUUUUGCUAUGUUGAGAAACAUAUUUUACCAAUAGACUACAGCAUUAUAAUGUAAAGUAACUUUCAUACCAAGUCUUAAUAGAAAGCUUAGUUCCAAAAACAUUCAUGAUAUGUACCAUUCGAUGUCCGUCAAAUAGACUAAAAGACUGCAAAUGCAAAGCACGUACAUAACCGUGCGAAUUUGAACAAGUAAUCACCUGCUACAUUACUUGGCUCGCGCUAUCGGUAACAUGUCACACCAAUAUGCGUGUUACUUUUGAAAUAAGGUUGAAAAUUGACUUACCAUCCAGUCAUAUUCGAUGUGCCGUUCGAUAAAUAAACAAAACUGCCAAUGUACGAUAUUCUGAUACAAGUAAGGGCUCUAGUCUCUAUAUUCGUCUCAAAAGAAAGCAAGACAAUAGUAACUAGAAAAGCGUGUUAACCGAAUAUUGUGUUUAUGUGUUCCAGGCAUGUUUAUUUUUAAGGUUUUACGAAAAAUGUAAAAUGUAACAUAGUGACAUUUCGUUUUGAGACAUGUUUUAACAUUUAAGUAAUAAAAACGUUUCCAAAUA